UCUUAAAGGAGUUCUUGUGUGGGAAGUCAUCAAUUAAGGAAGGCAUCGUGAAAACUACCUCUAGAAGCACUAUUAUUUAGCCAGAAUAUAGAUAUAUCUUAUAUCUAUAAAUUCGCCAGAAAUGGAAGGAUAAAUAAGUUUCUUGUCGGCGCUCUAGAACAACGCGUCCAAUAUUGAAAAUUCUUCGUGAACUUACGCUGGCGGAAGAAAAUUGAACAUUUUGGAAAUAUUUAAAUGAUGAUGGAAAACGCAGGCUUCAGGAUUUAUAUAUCCGUUUUUUUAUUUGUAACAUUCUUCGCGUUUAAAAUUGCAGCUUUACCUCUUUCGGAGGACAAUAACAAGUUUGGCAUCAUACUGGACGCCGGAAGUAGCAGUACAAAGAUAAGAAUUUAUACCUGGCAAGAUACUAUAGAAAAUGUUCCAAAUUUCAACGAAAUAUUUUACAAAAAAGUUAAACCAGGCAUAAGUUCAUUUCACGAAAACGCUGAUGAAAUAUCUACGUAUUUGCGGUCUAUAUUAAAGGUUUUAGAGGGAGAACUUCCACCACUCUUACGGCCGAGAACAUCACUAUACUUCAUGGCGACGGCAGGAUUGCGCCUACUUGAUGAAGAGACUACAUCAUCAAUCAUGUCAGCCGUGAAGCAGGUACUGAUGGACCCAAUGCAGAAUCCGUUCAAAUUUGAAGAAGAAAACGCACACAUACUUGCUGGGGAAGAGGAGGCGUUGUUUGCAUGGCUAACUGUCAAUUACCUCAAUGACUUUUUCACAAAAAAAGGACCUGCUUCAGACAGUUUAGGGUUGAUCGAGCUGGGUGGUGGAUCAGCCCAAAUAGCGUUUAUUCCAGAUGAUCCGAUAUACGCCGGGAAGAUGCCCGCAACCAUUGCUGGCCAAGAAUACGGGGUUUACUGCCAUAGUUAUCUUUCAUAUGGUGCCACUCUUAUGUCUGAAAGAAUAGCUGAGUUGCUUAUACAGGAAAACAAGCAUGCCAAUGUGAUUAUCAAUCCCUGUAUGUUGAAAGGAGACUCCAGGAACGGAACUUUAGGAUACAAAAUGGUGGCCAUGAUUGGCGGAGGAAAUGCGUCACUGUGUGAAGACCUUCUUAAAUAUUACCUGGCACCUGCUGAUGACGACAUGUGUUCUCCAAAGCCUUGUUCGAUUGGUCAGGUGUAUCAACCGUCAGUGAAAAACAAACAGUUCUUUACCUUUGGCCUCAUCUACUACCUAGCAAAGGAUUUUGAAAUUCUGAGUGAACCAGGCCUUCUUGAUUUGAAACAGCUUCAAAAUACUGUCAGGGGAUACUGCGAGCAGAGUUACGAGUAUGCCACGGAAACGUUGGGAAUGUCAGAGAAGUACGCCUCAAGAAACUGCCAGGACGGAUUGUACAUACCGCUACUGUUUUCUGCCCUCGGUCUGGACAUUGACAAUGUCAUUGCAGCCAAGGACUUAAAGGGAUCCUCAAUCGCAUGGAGUCUUGGUGGAAUGUUGUAUGAGGAAGAGAGAAAUAGGUAUCAAGAACUGGCUAGUCAAUUGAUGGAAUUAUAGAAGAGCAGAGCCAAUUCCAAACAAGCUGUCAUGACGAUAUUCAAGACUUUAGUGAAUUUUAAUCUCCUUAAAGUUUUCUUGUUUUGUUUUUCAUGACGUUGAUUCAUGUUGUGAGAAUGUUUUUGAUGAUGACAAAAUACAACCGUUCUGCAAUGAUCUAGUCUCUUUAAAUGUGAAUGACAGUACCAAUACAUUAAUAUAUAAACGCCUAUCUACUUUUAGUUUGAAGGCCAUUUAUAUUAUGAUAUAUAAAAAUUUGAAAAAACAACAACACAUACUUCAAGAAAUAUAAAUUGAACUGUUAAUUUAUAAAGAGCAUGUGGGGAAGUGGGGAUGCGAAGAAAGUGAAUCAUAUUAUAUAAUAUACAUAGAUAUGAUACCAUUUUUAAUUGUAUAAUAAUAAUAGCAUACAAAUUUGAAUGUGUGUUUAAUAAAAAGUCAAUCGUU